GCUACAGCGGGCCAGAUUUGGCCCCCAGACCUUGAGUUUGACACAUGUGCACUAGAGUGACAAAUUUCACAAGCUAUGGUCACAAACAUCAUUGUUAAAAAAAAAACUGGGUGGCCACAGAGUGCUGCAUUCAAAUUAAUUAAAAGUUGAGUGGAAGGAAAAAAGAUGCACAAAUCAAGUAUUAAAGCAGUUUAAUACCUUAGACUGCUACUGACUGUCUCCUUCCUUGGUGUCCUUUUUAUUGGCUUUAUCUAAUGCAUUAAUUUUCCAAGAAACUGGAUUAUUAUUCUCAUUUGCUGCACGCCAUGUGCAUAAAAACAAAGAAAUAAACUAAAAAAAAUGUGUUUAAGUUGGUUUCAUUUCUCACCUGUGGUGUCGGUUUAUUUGUGUGUGUUUUUGUUGUGCAGAAAAAUAAUCUUUUUCUGCACAAUAUUUUUCUGUUUGAUUUUUUUUAUUUAUUGAAUUUUCGUUAAAAAAAAAGAUGAGCGUUUCACCUUAAAGAGGCGUCGUGUGCCCCGCCUUUGCAUGAGAAGCGGGAUAAAUCCUCUGCGUUUGACUGACGGCGCCGUUAUGACGAUCCCCCAUCACCUCCGGGCGUCCAAUCAGAAAUCAGAUCCAGGGUCCGUCCCUGACUCCCAGGUGAGCUAAAUAGUCACACUUUAGCAGAUUUCUGUCAGUCUGUUCCAGGAAACCUCUUGGGUUUAUCGUUUGUUUAUUUUAUUUAUUUAUUUAUUUUUUUUAGCGUCACACUAAAAUGGUUUUCAGGUCUCCGCUUGAUUUUCUAUCAGCCUCCCGGCUCCUCCUGCCCCACUUUGCCGACGGGCCGCCUCACCUGCCCCGCUCCCGGUCCCCAGAAGACCCCCCGGCGGCCGCCCCUCCUCUGUCCCUCCCGGGACUCUGCUUCUCCGCCACGCAGAUCGCCAGCGUGUGCGAGACCCUGGAGGAGACCGGGGACAUCGAGCGGCUGGCCCGCUUCCUCUGGUCGCUGCCGGUCACCGCCGACGGCCGCGACUCCAUCUCCGAGCACGAGUCCGUGCGGCGGGCGCGCGCCGUGGUCGCCUUCCACACGGGGAGCUUCCGCGAGCUGUACCGCAUCCUGGAGACGCACCGCUUUACGCGCACCUCGCACGGGAAGCUGCAGGCAAUGUGGCUGGAGGCUCACUACUGCGAGGCGGAGAAGCUGCGGGGCCGACCGCUGGGGCCCGUCGACAAGUACCGCGUCAGGAAGAAGUUCCCGUUACCGAGGACCAUCUGGGACGGAGAGCAGAAGACGCACUGCUUCAAGGAGCGCACCCGCGGGCUGCUGAGAGAGUGGUACCUGCAGGACCCGUACCCGAACCCGGGGAAGAAACGGGAGCUGGCUCACGCCACCGGACUGACACCGACCCAGGUUGGGAACUGGUUUAAAAACAGGAGACAGAGGGAUCGCGCGGCGGCGGCUAAAAACAGGUUGCAGCAUCACCGCGUCUGCACAGAUGGUUCCCGUCCACGGAGCGGAGGAGACUGCAGUCCAGAUGGCAGCGCGGAGCGGGCAGACGGAGAAACUUUCCUCUCAGUGACGGACAGUGACUCAGACUUGGAUGUCUGAAACUUUUGGUCAAUAUAUAUAUAUUUUUACAGGGAUCUUUAGUGGACUGUGAGUGUGUGUCCAGGGGUAAGAGAGAGAAGGAGCUACAGGGCCUUGUAAAGGUAUCCAUGCCCCUUAAACUUUUCACAUUUGGCCAUGUUCAAAACAUAAACUAAUAUGUAUUUUAUUGAGAUUUUACCUCUGCAGUGUUGAUUUUUUUUGCGGUCUCUCACAGAUUUUCUCUAUGUUUACCUGCCUCUAUCUUCUCAUCAACUCUGACCAGCAUCCAUAGAUGGAGCGCACCCCACAGCAUGAUGCUACCUCUUAUCUCCACACAAGGGGAUAACAUUUUCAAGAUUAUUUAUGUUAGCUUUAAGCCGAACAUUUUUUGUUCAAGUAAAUUUUUUUUUUUUUUUUUAGAUUUGUAAGAAAAUCGCAAGCCAUUUAAAAAUGUUUCUUGCUAUACAAACACACUCAGAGUAAAACACAUUAAAGGCUAGUGGUUGCAUUUUGGAGGAGUCUGGAUACUUUUAGAAGACACUGCAAUACGAUCACUUUAUGCCAGCCUAACCAGUAGAAGCACAGGUUGCAUUAACAUUUUUAUGCUUCCUCUGUUUUCUGGCUGAUAGUUCUUUCCAGAAAGAUCUUAUGACCUUUGACCACUUUCUGUUCCAACCACAUCCAGUGAUAAUGGGUUCAUCUGACAAUCCAAAUUAGAGCAGCACUGAGCAGAAACCCCCUCACCCCCCCGCCUGCUGGUCUCCGUCUGCAGCAGCUGGAACUUUUUGGACUGAAACCUGCUGGGGAGCCAGAACCUCAUUUGGUGUCGUUUUCCUGAAUGAAACUAGUUUUUAGAGACAACCUGGACCGACUGCUGUUCAAUCAACUACAAUAACUAAACCCUACCUCCCUGUCUGCCUGUUUGCAUUUUUAGCCUUUAGCUCAGCUCUAUUUCAGGUUCUCUGUGCAGUUUGUGUGAAGCCAUGCCACGGCCUACUCCAUGUUCAAUUUGAUGCUGACAAAAUGUUUGUAGUAUUUUAUAUUAAAUUUAUUUAAUUUUAAAAGGUCA